ACAGCGGUGUCGCGUCACAUGACCUGAUUUGUCCCCGUGACCAAAAUUGAAGGAAAAUUCAAAAAACCGCCAGGACAAUCGGAUCCCUCGUGCCCCCAUGGACCUACUGGACCCACUUGAUGACAGUGGCGAGCAUGUCGUUGAGACUAAGGUAAUCAUUAGCGACAUAAAACAGGCUAUGGAAAGUGACGACGAGCAAGUGGUCGAGCAUCUGUCUCCCCAAACUCUCCUGGAGACUCCGGGCGACGGUGACGUACAAUAUUCAGUGCGCGGCACCGAAGGCAUAAUAACAUACAGGGUGCUUCAAGUUGGUGAAGAGUCAGUAGACAAUCAUGUACCCCAAAUUAUCUCAAAUGGACCAACGUUUACGAACGCUGCUGUCCCACAAGUUCUGACCAGUAAUUUAAAUGGACAACUAUACGUUAUCAGCAACUCAAACGACGUAUUCACAUCGCAAUCGGGAACAAGGGCAAUCGCGCCAAGAUCAUCACUGGUUGAAACAUCAAGUUCUUAUCAUAGCAAUACAAAACAAAAGGAUGAACGGAGAAGAGCGACACACAAUGAAGUGGAGCGUCGGCGUCGAGAUAAAAUCAACAACUGGAUAACAAAACUGUCAAAAAUCAUACCUGAAUCGACUGCUGCUGAAAUGAAAGGCAAUGGUCAUUAUGAUGGUCAGUCAAAAGGUGUGAUAUUGGCGAAAGCAUGUGAAUACAUCAACGAAUUGCGAGACACUCGUGACAAAUUAACGGAGACUGUAGAGAUAUUGAAGCAGAAAAAUUUUAUAUUGGAAAACGAAAAUAAAGAAUACAGGGAUAUGUUAAAGAGGAGCGGGAUAGAUUUGCCAAAUAACGACAUUGUAUCAUAGUUUGAUAGCAUAGUUUACAUGUUUAGAUAAAUUUUAUAUAUAUCUUAAUCAUAUAUUGUUAUGAGGAAUUUUAUUUGAAUGAUUAUUACGUUCAGGCGAACCGUUUCGUUUGGCCAUUAACACGUUUUAUUUAUGUUAUUGUUACACAUUUUGCCAUUAUGAUUACUUGAAUUGUUUUACAACAUUUAUAAAUACGUCUAUUAAUUUAUACACUAACUUGUAAAUAUAUCGAGCAAGCUAUAUUGAUAUUAAUUUUUAUUAUACAGAGAUAAUAAAAGUGUGAUAUGCAGGGUGUUUUGUAUGUAGUAAAUGACAUUAAACUCUGGAAAUAGA